GGACUGCGAGGACACCUACCGGAUACACUGCUUAAGCUCAACACUGUGCUCGUGUAGCCGCAUUUCGGCAGUGGCAGUCGUGGCAGCAGGAAGUCAAGUCCACUGAGCAACGUCCUUCAUUUGCGCAGGAGAGGCUGACAUCAUGGAGAGCCAAAGCCUGGCAGUUGCUUCAUGUACUAAUGUCAACCCGGCCAGAACUGUGGCUGACAUUGAGAAGAUGGGGAUGGCAAAGCUCAGCCCGGGGCCCCGGUUCUACUACAGCAUGGGCGCUGACGAGGAGCGUACGCUGGCGGAAAACAUGCAAGCAUUUAAGGGGCUCCGCCUUCUACCGCGUCUUCUGAGGGGCGUAGUGAACCGAAGCUUGGAGACCGUGUUGCUGGGACAGCGAGUCUCGUUGCCCGUCGGCAUAUCACCCACAGCCUUCCACAAGGUGGCCCAUCCCGACGGAGAAGCCGCCACUGCGAGAGCCGCGGCCAAGGCGGGAACUGUGAUGAUCGUCAGCAUAUCGAGCACCACUUCCUUGGAAGACGUCAGAGAGGCCGCACCCAACGCCCUCCUGUGGUUUCAGCUCUGCAUCUUUGCGGACCGGACGAUCACGCAUCGACUGGUAAGAAGGGCAGAGGAGGCCGGCUACAGCGCCAUCGUGUACGCUGCGGAUAUUCCAGUGGGUGGCUCGAACAGCGAGAAGUUUGGCGACUUUCUGAAGGACUACAUGGAAGAUCUCGGGUUUGCCAACUUUCGAGACGAGGACGUUGCCAGCACUGGCGGAAAAUUUCAGUCGCGCCUAGUCAUGAACCCGGAGAGUACGUGGUCGGACGUUGCCUGGCUCAAGAGCAUCACCAAACUGCCACUUGUUGUCAAAGGAAUCCUCACUGUCGAAGCGGCCAUUCAAGCUGUUGAACACGGGGCGUCGGCGAUCAUGGUGUCCAAUCACGGUGGGCGUCAACUCGACUGUGUUCCAGCAACCAUUGACGUGCUGCCCGGCAUCGUACGCGCCGUGGGACAUCGCUGCGAGGUGUACGUUGACGGAGGCGUCCGCCUCGGCACCGACGUCGUCAAGGCGAUCGCUUUAGGGGCUCGAGCAGUGUUCGUUGGAAGACCAAUACUCUACGGUCUGGCUUACCGUGGUGAAGAGGGUGUCGUCAGGGUUCUCGAUAUCUUAAGAGCAGAGACGGAUCGGGCCAUGGCGCUCAUGGGUUGCCGCUGCGUGAGCGAACUACACACGGAUAUGGUGGUUCGUCUUGAACGAAUAUCUAAGCUGUGAGGGACAUCGGACGCCAGUUAUAUCGACGGUCCUGGCACAACCGACUACGAUAAUUACCUUUACACAGACGACCUACCAUCGGUCUUCGAGCCAAAGGACGUCAUGGCGGAUAACAAAAUAA